UGCCUCUCUCCUUUAUAGUUCCUCAUCCUUUUCCACAUUGCUGUGACCUUUUCUCAGAUCUCAAAUGGAUGCUAAGUUGAUAGCGGCUUCCCUCGACGGCAAAAUCGAUGACUUCUAUGACUUAAUUCGAGAGUGUCCCAAUAUUCUCGAAGAAGUCGAUAAGAUGUUGGUUGAUAACCCCAUGCACCUUGCGGCAAUCAAUGGUCACACCCAUUUCGCCGUGGAGAUGAUGAGGCUAAAUCCGUCAUUCGCGAAGAGGUUAAACCCGGACGGGUUUAGUCCCCUCCAACUCGCUUUACAAAACGACCGCAUCCAAACAGUGCUUCGGCUGCUUGCAAUGGACAGAGACGGAGACCUAGUUCGUGUCCAAGGAAGAGAAGGUAUGUCUCCUCUGCAUUACGUAGCCAAACAUGGGAAUAAUCAACUCUUGUCUGCUUUCCUAUCUACAUGUCCAACAGCCUUGGAAGAUGUGACAAUUCGCAACCAAACUGCUUUGCAUGUUGCUCUGGACAAUGAUAAUGUUGAUUGUGUUGAAAUCAUUCUGAAAUGUUACGAGAGAUUUCCCCAAUCUAGAUGGGAAAAGAUGCACCUAAAUUGGAAAGACGACAAUGGAAACACCCCGCUGCAUGUUGCCACCACCAGGAAGCAAACCAAAGUUGUGAGGACGCUGAUAGACCGUCAAGUUGACAUAAAUGCGAUUAACUUAGGCGGUUUAACAGCCUUGGCUAUCUCAGAGCAGCCGGAUGAACUUGGAAGCGACGAAAUCAGUAGUAUGCUGCAUUGUGCCGGAGCCUCUGCUGCUGUUCUGCUUCCAAUAGUGAAUACUAUCGAACUUGCUCUCAGUGUAGAUGAAAGGAUGAAAGCUGCUGCUGAAAGAGGAGAUAUUGACAUGUUGUACUCCCUAAUCCGGGAGGACCCGCAUGUACUAGACCGCAUUGAUGAUACACCAUUUGUUGAUACUCCUCUGCACAUAGCAGCUUCUCUUGGACAUGCCAAAUUUGCGACGGAGGCAAUGCUAUUGAAAUCAUCACUUGCUAGGAAGCUAAACCAAGACGGAUUUACGCCUUUGCACCUUGCUACGCUACAAGGGCAAACGAAAAUGGUGGAUCGGCUUUUAGAUAUCGACAGCGAUCUGGUACGUGUUCAUGGAAAGGAGGGUAAAACUCCUCUCCAUUAUGCAGCAGAACGGGGAAACAUGGGUCUUGUAAAAAUAUUUCUAUUCUAUUGCCCAUCAUCUAUUCAAGAUGUGACAAAUCUCAGUGAGACUGUUUUGCAUAUCGCUGUGGAAAGUAGGAAAUUUGAUGUGUUCAGCUUACUAGUAUUCCAAGUUCGAACAUCCUUGAUGAAAGGAUCCCAAAAAACGGAGUACAACAUUCUGAAUUGGGGAAAUGACGUGGGCGAUACUGCGUUACACAUUGCCGUAAAAACUCAUCAACCAGAGGUAGUAAGAGUGUUAAUAGACAGCAAUGUUGGGCUAGAUGUCAAGAAUUCAGAUGGUUUUACUGCCUUGAAAAUCUUAGAAUUAGGCGACUCACAAGUAAACAACGGCGAAGCUCGAGAAGUUAUGAAGGAAAUGCUACGUUGUGCUAGAGCUUCGAAGACUUCAUCUUGUGUCUGGUGGAAAUCUUCCAAGCCUUCCUCACCUCCUACUAUUUCCACUAGUCUCACAAAUGCGACUGAACAUUUGAAUACCAUAGAAGGAGCUUGUAAUGUUUCAGCACCUCCUACUUCUAGCACAACUUCAGCCGUGAAUCAUGAGUUGGAUAUUGCAUUAGAAGGCCAACCUGAAGGUAACAAUGGCAGAAUAGCUAAAAGUUUACCGCCUCUAACUAUUAAUCUGCUGGAACGUUGGUAUAUAGAUAUUAAACGUGUUAGUAAUGAUGUGUCAGAGGAAUCACGGAGUAUGAUAUUGGUAGCUCUUGUUCUGUUUGCGACCGUCGAAUAUCAGAUUGUCUUGAGCCCUCCUGGAGGUCUUUGGCAGGAGGACAACAACAAUUCCACCGCAACUCAUGAUAAGAAAAUCCACCCUCCAGGAACUGUAGUUAUGGGAAACUUGAGUUUUCUCUUCUUCAUGUUGUUGAACAGCUUGGCCCUUGCCAUUACAACACAUGGAAUUGUUUUGCUCCUUUUGGAGCUGGAAUCUAGAUGGUGGACAAUCAAUAGGAUUCUAAUGAACACGUUAACCUUUCUUUGCUAUUUAAUAUCCUUGCAAACAAUCUCACCAAAUAACUCACUCUUUGCACUUAUAAUUGUAAUACCAGCAACAGUAUUUAUUUUGUUACCAUACACUCAUGAUUGGAUCACUCAAAGAUUGGAGAACAGAACUCGGAAGUGGUACCGAGAUGAAGAACAAUGCAACGGGUACUAGUGGUGUCCAACACCACACACUAAUAGAUGUAUCCCAAAAUAUAUAGACCCCAUAGAUCAGUCCCGUUGUUGUCCUAAGCAUAUUUCUUUGAUUAAUGUAUUACAAAUUUGCUUGGUAUACGUAUACAGUCCU